GGACUUCUCCCUUGGAGCUUCUGUGCCGAGAAUCCGAUGUUGGGCUCGGCUACCUGGCUGAAUACAGCAGAUCAGCCCAUGAAAACUUCUAUUCCUAGCCAAAGGAAGGAGUCCAGCAAAAGGCAGCACCUACUCUUUCAGGCUUGGAAGCAAGAAAGGGGGCAGGAGUUGGAGAGUGUGGAAUCUGAGAAGACAACUGAAAGGUGACGUUUAAGUUGAAGAUGGGUGGUGGAGAAAGAUUCAACAUUCCAGUUCCCCAGUCUAGAAAUACCACCAAGAACCAUCAACAACUUAAUAACAGGCAGAAGAAUAAAGACCAGAAUUCACAGAUGAAGACCUAUAUGAAGAAAGAAAGAGGACAUGGAUGCAACUCAUCAUCUGGUGCAUGGCAGGCCAUGCAAAAAGGGGGAAAGAACAAUGUUCAUUUCCCCAAUAAUCAAAAUUGGAGUCCUACUUUAUCAAAUCGCAAUCUGUUUUUCACACCUCAAACCAAUCAGAACUAUGCUGGAGCAAAAUUUAGUGAGCCACCCUCACCAAGUGUUCUUCCUAAGCCACCAAGCCACUGGGUACCUGUUUCUUUUAAACCUUCUGAUAAAGAAAUAAUGACAUUUCAGCUUAAAACAUUACUUAAAGUCCAGGCUUGAGAUGUAACUCUUCAUAUUUUUAAAGUUAUUUAAAUUUACAGGGUUUCGAAUUUGAGAAUUUUUAUUCCUAACUCCAGAUGCACAGGCAUACAGAAAUAGAUGUUCUUGCUGCAUGUAGUUAGUCACUUGGAAGAGAAGGGGGUGGAAGUUUACAGUCCCCUAAUGUUUUACCUCAAAACUUGUGGGCUGUGUUCACUUCACUGUGAAAUAGGUAUUUUCUCUAUAUCCAAUCUAAUCAAAUCCUGAACAGUCACCAUUUAUUGUAAGUGUAAAUGGGACUGUCUCCCAAAAUUGGAAUUGUGACUACUCUUUGGUAUGGUAUCAGAAAACCAGCUUCUACCUAACUUAAUGCAGCAUUAACUGGAAAAAGAUGCACUGAAAGCUUUAGUCAGGUACUUUGCUGCUUUGCAAACUUGCGUAAAAUUUGCUAGGUAAAUAAAAACUCUGCAGAGCAGACCUCCACCUAGGCACUAGGUAAAUCACAGAUUAUUCUUGUUCAUACCUGUGAGCUUUGUUUGGCACUCUUGAAUUGGAGGACAAGCAUUUCAAGCCUGUGACUAAAAUUGAGAUCUAGGAAACAUACUGGUGCAUGUUCUUGAAAAGAUGGAAGAACACAUCAAGCAAAUCUGUAAUUGCCUCUCCAGCUCUAGUAAUACUUCAAGUCAGACUGUGCCAACUAAUGACAUUGUAUUGCCAGAUGACUGCCAAAAAACCUGUAAAAAAUCCUUUGUAUUCUGAUUGCACUGUUGAGUUCUAAAAUACAUUUUUAUACCCAUUUUUAAAAUUGUGAAACAGGUGGAAUAGUUAGUUAGACUGGUCUUAAAUUGGUUACCCUGUAAUAUUGUUUUAAGUUACAGUAGCUUGUGGCAGGUAUUAAAAUGUUUUCAUAGGGAAGACAGAGCCAUGUAAAUAAAAUGUAAAACUUUGUAGCAUAUGUAAAUUUAUGCUGGGCUUUCCUGCACAGAAGUAUUUUUAGUACAAAACUGCUGAAUGUAAGAUGACCAUGUUGAGUACAUGGCAUGAUAUAAAAAAAGAUAUUUUGUUUAAAAAAAAUGAAAGACAUUUGUGGCUGUGCCCUUGCACUUAACAUACAGUGAAUAUGCACGUUUUACUUGGUUGUGAGCUCAUUUUUAAAGUAAACUCAGUGCAAAAGAAGCUUAUUUAGAAUUUUUAAUAAAACAAAAAAAAAUAAAAAAAAAGCUGCUCAAGUUU